UCGCAGUACUGUCGCUCAGGUGCAGUUCCUACUUCCGCUUCUCUCUUCCCUUUCCUGUUAGGCGAGAGCUGCGCUACGCGAGGGUGUCGGACGCCGUUUCUCGUUUUCAUCAUAUAGACAACAGCCCUGCUGCAAAGAUGGUCAACGUGCCUAAAACCCGAAGAACCUUCUGUAAGAAGUGUGGCAAGCAUCAGCCUCACAAAGUGACACAAUAUAAGAAGGGCAAGGAUUCUUUGUAUGCCCAGGGAAAGAGGCGCUAUGAUCGGAAGCAGAGUGGCUAUGGUGGGCAGACAAAGCCAAUUUUCCGGAAGAAGGCUAAGACCACAAAGAAGAUUGUGCUAAGGCUGGAAUGUGUUGAGCCUAACUGCAGAUCUAAGAGGAUGCUGGCCAUUAAGAGAUGCAAGCAUUUUGAACUGGGAGGAGAUAAGAAGAGAAAGGGCCAAGUGAUCCAGUUCUAAACUUUGGGAUAUUUUUCUUCUGGUUUUGAAGAGAAAAUGUUGAAGCCAUAGAAAAAUUACCUGAGGGAAAAUAAAUAGUGAUAUUCUUACGCAAA